AUGCAUCGAAUCGCGGUUCGUUUGUACGCUAUCCUCUGUCUCACGCUAUUUUCCGCCGUAUUUGUUUCGUCAUCAUAUACCCCGAACUAUGACGCAAUACUCUCAGCCGAAAAGAACUCUGAAUACGAUUACCCUAAGAGAUAUUCCCCAAAUUUUCAAUCCAGUAGCGAACUAACGGUCACUGAGCCGACCGACAAUAGCCUAUCGGAGUGCGUGAGUGCGUGCUACGGGACCGCAGCUGAAAGCUGCCUAGCUGAAUGUCUGCUUGCCGAUAGGAACAACAGGCAGUUGGAAAAGUCAACCAGAAGACUUACUCACAAGACGACGACCAAGAAAUACGAAGACGACAAAAUGGCCAGCCAGCACCGAGUGACGUCAGCCCACAAACGAACAUACAACGACAUAACCUACCUGUGCCUCAAGUACCUGUGUGGUCAGUAUCAGCCGGGCUCUCUCAAUGAGAUUUGGUGUAGAAAUUAUAACAAGUGUUAA